AUGGCGCCCACGCGCUAUUCCCUCUCCAUCAAACCCCCCGACCGCGCCGCGGAAGAUGGAUCCGCGGAAGCCCCUCCGCGGAGAAGCAGCCUCAGCAGCAACUUCACCCCUGGGGGAAUCGGAACCGCAGCUGGCGGAGCACCCGCUGGCGCAGCAGGCGGAGCGCGGGGGUCGGGGGGGGCGGGCAGAGGGCACUAUGACGCCGGGCCUUGGGCUAUCCGCGUUCCCUAUCAGGAUGCGGACGUGCGAAGUGUCCUGGAAGCAGGCAGGGAUCCGUGGAGUUGCGCAGCAGGCGACGGCGCGGGGAGGCAGGGCGGUGGUGAUGCCAGCUACGGCGCCGGGGGGGUAGGAGGGGGAGGGGGGGGAGUGAGCGGGGAAGGUGGACCCGGGGGAGGUGCAUCUGGAUCAAGAUUCGGGUUCGAGGGCGGCAGGAUCCAGCGGAGAUUCUCUCUUUCCACCCCGCGGGAGAUCGCCAGGCUGGCGCAUGCUACGAGUGGCAGCGCCAGUGGCACCACUGGGCCUGAGAGGCACGGGCUACAGGCUCACCCGCCACAGGUGCAGGCUCAGGUGCAGCAGCUGCUGUACCCGCUUCACCAGCACCUAACCCAGCAGCAGCAACAACUGCAGCAGCAACAGCAGCAGCAGCAGCAGCAGCAGCAGCAGCAGCAAGGAAUGAACAUGCCAGGCACACCCCGUCGUCCCACUUUCUACCGAGGCCUCUCGUCUUCUUAUGAGGAGGCCGCCCAAGAUGCAAUCGCAGCCGUCCAAGCUGCCCAGGCAGCAGCAGCCGCCGCGUCAGCCAACGGCCCUUCCAAUUCCGGCUCGUUUUCCACUGUUGGUUCGGGCAGUUUCAAUAAUUCCAUGGGUAAUUUCCUACGGCAGCCAACUACCCCUCGGUCGAUACCACCUUCUCAGUCUUCCACCCGGGUUGAGCGGCUGCUGAGGGAGAGGCAGAUGAGGCGAAGCACGAGCUUCCUCCAGUUCGACGUGGACUCGGUGGACGGGCGGAUAAUGACGCCACGUGGCAUUGCCACGUCACACGGCAGUGCUGGGUCAAUCGCCGGAGCUCCUGGAGCAACAGGAGGAGCACCGGGAAUGGGCGCAGGGGGGGUCGCAGGAGGAGGAGGGGGAGGCGGAGGAGGGGGAGGAGGGGGAGCAGGAGGGGGAGCAGGCGCAGCGUGGGUGCCAGGGCGCGCGCCCAUGGUUGGCCGAGCCAGCUCCACCUCCCGAGGCCAGUUUGCGUUUGGCUCGGCCGCUCACGGCACCAGGUCCGGGCCGUUAGCCCCGGUAGACCUGAUGAUAGGUCCGGACAGCCGGAACUCCAGCUAUGAUAACUUGGCUGCGGCUGCUGCCGCUCACACUCCCCACAGUUCCGCCAUUCCCACUCCCUACGCCUCCACUCCGCCCCGCCUCCCCUCUGCCGCCGCCUCCCCAUACCCUCUCUCUUCCUCUCCCCACAUGGCCUCAUCACCCGCCAUCCCACGCCCAGCAGGAUCCACGCCCCGCCUGUCCUCCUCCCUCACAGCUUACCCGGGGUUCAGGGGUGGGGGCGCCAUGCCUCGUGUGCAGAGCAGCGGGGAGCUCACUGCGGCUGCAGCACAGGCAGCGGGUUUGACGGAUAGGAUUCCGGAAGAGGGGCUGGGAGCGGGGGACGUGGGAGUGGGGAGUGCGAGUCCGGGGGUGACGGUGCUGCCAGGGGUGGCUGGGAUUCCGGGUCCGGGAGUGGCUGUUCCGGGGGGUAUGGGAGCAGGGGGAGCAGGGCCAGCUGUAGCGAGGCCGGCUGUAGCAGGGGCGGAUGUAGCUGGGCCGGCUGCAGCGGGGUCGCCUGUAGCAGGGCCGGCUGUAGCGUCACCACAGCAUAGGAUGGGCGGUAGGCCAGGCACCCCUAGCCAUGUUCUAGACCCUGGCCGGAUGCUUGAACCGUUAGGACCAGCAGCAGCAGUGUCUUUCGCAGCAGAGGCAGAAGCAGAAGCAGCAGCAGCAGCAGCGGCAGUGGCAGCAGCAGCAUCGGCAGGACCAGCCAUGGCAGCAGCAGUAGCAGCAGCUGCAGCAGCAGCGAUCCCCCAGCCUGUACCAGUCGAGCCUCCCCAGAUGGAACCUCCGCCGACCCCGCCGCCCGCGCAAGCCGCCCAGCAGCGCAUGCAGCGGCUGCUGAUAGUGGCCAAUCGCCUGCCCGUGCGGGCCAGCCUGCAGCCCGACGGCACGUGGGCGCUGGAGCUGUCAGCUGGGGGGCUCGUCAGUGCGUUGCUAGGCGUGAAGCAGAACUUUGAGACGUGUUGGAUCGGGUGGCCGGGGCUGUACUUGCACUCGCCCGCGGACCAGCAGCAGCUGCACGACGCCCUGCAGGCCAAGGGCUGUGUACCCGUCUUCCUAGACGAGAAUACAAUGAACGCCUACUACAACGGCUACUGCAACAACGUGCUGUGGCCGCUGCUGCACUACAUCGGCCUGCCCCAGGAGGACCGCCUCUCCGCCACGCGCUCCAUCCAGGGCCAGUACGGCGCGUACCGCUCGGCCAAUCACAGCUUUGCUGACGUGGUCAUGGCGCAGUACCGCCAGGGGGACAUUGUGUGGGUGCAUGAUUAUCACCUCAUGCUGCUGCCUCAAUACCUCAAGGCCCGCAGCCCCAACAUGAAGGUGGGGUGGUUCCUGCACACGCCCUUCCCCUCCAGCGAGUUCUUCCGCGCGCUGCCCCUCCGAGAGGAGAUCCUGCAGGCCGUGCUCGCUGCUGACCUCAUCGGCUUCCACACGUACGACUACGGGCGGCACUUUGUGAGUGCGUGUGCGCGCAUUCUCGGGCUGGAGGGCACGCCAGAGGGGGUGGAGGACCAUGGGAGACUCACACGCGUCGCUGCGUUUCCGAUUGGCAUAGACCCGGAGCGGUUCAUCUCAGCACUGGAGAGCAACGUGGUGAAGACACACAUUGCGGAGCUGCGAGCGAGAUUCUCCGGCCGCAAGGUGAUGCUGGGGGUGGAUCGGCUGGACAUGAUAAAGGGCAUACCGCAGAAGCUGAUCGCGUUUGAGAAGUUCCUCGAGGAGCACCCCGACUGGCGGGACAAGGUCCUUCUUGUGCAGAUCGCCGUGCCCUCGCGCACCGACGUGCCCGAGUACCAGAAGCUGACGAGUCUGGUGCAUGAGAUUGUGGGGCGAAUCAACGGUCGAUUCGGCACUCUCACCACCGUGCCCAUCCAUCACUUGGAUCGCUCCCUGGCAUUCCACGAGCUGUGCGCCCUCUACGCCAUAACGGACGUGCUGCUGGUGACGUCGCUGCGGGACGGCAUGAAUCUGGUCAGCUAUGAGUACGUGGCGUGCCAGAACUACAAGAAGGGCGUGCUCAUCCUCAGCGAGUUUGCAGGCGCAGCGCAGUCACUCGGUGCCGGAGCACUUCUAGUGAACCCAUGGAACAUAACGGACAUGUCGAGCGCCAUAGAGGACGCGCUCACGAUGGGCGAGGAGGAGCGUGUGGACCGCCACCGCUACAACUUCCUGCACGUCACCACUCACACUGCGCAGGCGUGGGCGGACACGUUCGUCAGCGAGUUGAACGACACGGUGGUGGAGGCACAGCUGCGCACGCUGCACAUCCCGCCGCUGCUGCCCGUGGCCCAGUGUGUCGACCGCUUUCACCAGUGCCGCAACCGCCUUCUCAUCCUCGGAUACAACGGCACGCUUACAGCUCAGGUGGAGCCACACAGGCGACGCACUCCUGACCAGAUCAAGGAGAUGAAGGUGCGUCUGCAUCCCAUAAUGCCAGCUGCGUUGCGCCGGCUCUCCUCCGAUCCGGCCAACACGAUCGUCAUAAUGAGCGGGUCGGAGCGUGCCGUGCUGGACGAGGCAUUCAGCGAGUAUGAUGUGUGGCUGGCGGCGGAGAACGGCAUGUUCAUGCGCCACACGCGGGGCGAGUGGAUGACCACCAUGCCUGAGCACCUCAACAUGGACUGGCUGGACUCUGUUCAGUUGGUGUUUGAGUAUUUCACGGAGCGCACGCCGCGGUCAUACGUGGAGGAGAGGGAGACCUCUCUGGUGUGGAACUACAAGUAUGCCGACGUGGAGUUUGGCCGCGUACAGGCCAGAGACAUGCUGCAGCACCUGUGGACGGGACCGAUUUCCAACACAGCUGUCGACGUUGUUCAGGGAGGCAAGUCAGUGGAGGUGCGGCCAGUGGGGGUGAGCAAGGGAGCGGCCAUGGAGAGGGUGUUGGGGGAGAUAGUGCACCAGAAGCCGCUGCCCUGCCCCUUUGACUUCGUCAUGACCGUCGGCCACUUCCUCUCACGGGACGAGGACAUAUACCAGUUCUUUGAGCCAGACUUGCCGCAUGACAGCAACAUGCCCCCCGGCAUGGACGGUUACCAGCAGAGCAUGGAUGGCACCAUGGGUCCCAUGGAUGGUAACUGCGGUGUAUCCAUGGAUGGUAACAUGGUAACCAUGGGUCAUGGGCCCUUGGACGGGGCAGCCAUGGAUCAAGUCACGAGGGAUCAUAUCACGGCUCUUGAGCAUGCUGAUUCGUACCUACCAGAGUAUUACACUACCAGUCCUACAACCACGUUCAAUACAAGCACAACCGCUACAAGCACUCUCACCGCUCCUCACAAUCGCUCCAACUCCCCUCCUGACACCAAGCCUCCCCCGGGCCUCCCUCCCGCACCGCCUCCGAGCGUUCCCGGACCUGAUAGUCUAGGUUCGGUGCCGCUGCCUAUGUUUGCCGGACCAGGAUACGGCAGCCCCGUGCCUCAGUCCGCGGCUCGGGGGGGAGGUUCGGGGCCGCUGGUGGCACGGGUGAUCUUUGGGGAUCCGCAGAGCAGAAACCAAAUGGAGGGUGGGGGGAGACACGCUGGGAGGGAUGGUGGUGCUGCCCCUGCCGCCGCCGCCGCCGCUGCUGCUGCUGCCGCUGCCGCUGCUGCUGUUGCUACCUCAGCAGCUGCCGCUGGUGCUUCGGUUGCUGCUGGUCCCAGCUCCCCCUCUCCCUCUUUCUCUGCUGCCAAUGCUGCCGCUGCUGCUCUCUCUGACACCUCUCCACGGCCCCACACUCCUGACUCUGUCACGGCACGCAGCAGCCGGCUUAAGGCGGAGUCCCGAGGGGGCGGAGGGGGCAACGAUGGAGAUGCAGCAGUAGGGUCGGAGGGAAGAGCAGCACCAGGGGGGGUAGGUGCAGGAGCAGGAGCAGGGACAGGGGCAGCGGGGGCGGGUGGGAGCAGCAGUGGAAGGAGCCGAGGGGGCGGGCUGGGACGGUUCCGAUGGAAAGGGGGCAAGAAGUCAGAAAAGAAAUCUGCCUUUUCCUUCUCCUCGCCGUCGCUGGUCAGUCUUCUCGGGUCAGCUUUGGAAGGCGCCACGGGCAGCCCGAGAAAAACCGGCAUGGGGCGGAGCAGUAGUGGUGGGCGGGGGGAGGCGGAGCUAUGUUCCCCAGCUGCAAGCAAUGCUGCUGGGACUCAGGGCGUGGGGAACGGGAGUGGAAGGCGAGAGGAGGCAAAUGGAGCGGAGGCGGGAGAGAGAUUGCUUGCGCCGAUCACUGGGUUUUCCAACCUGUCGAGCUUUUCAAGCCAUUCAGGGACGACAGGAGUUUCAGAGGAGUCAGGGUUUUCCACACAGGAGAUCUCCUCGAUGCUUCCAACUGUUUUGGACUCUGAGGAGGAUGGGCAUGGGGAGGAAAUAAGCCAUCGCAGCAGUGGGGAGUAUUGCCCCAUUGUCGAUCUCAAUGCCGAUUCGUACUUUUCAUGUGCUGUGGGGCGCAAGCGGGACCCGGCUAUGGUGGCGGCAGGGGCGGCGGAGGGCGCGGAGGACGGGGAUUUGGCGGAGGGCGCGGAGGGGGCAGGGGCGGCGGGCUCGGACGGGGACCCGGUGGGGGCCUCGGGCUGGGUCCUGGCGCCGCGCUGGGAACGUUUUACGGCCACGAACAACACCGACUACAAUGUCCGUUACGUGCUGAGGAUUGGCGGCCUGCCAACCCCAGGUCUUCCUACCGCUGCCGCCGUCCUGAAUAGUAACGGCAACGCUGUCCUUGAUUUCCCAGAUGCCACGUGGACCAACACCACUGGCCAGCAGCCUUAUGGCUACGGCUGGAGGAGGCGCAACCGUGCAUGGGUCUUUGGUGUGUGUUUCCGUUACAAUGCGACCGGGGUUUAUUACAACGCGAACACAAAGACUACUGAUGGCGGCAAGACUAUUGGGUCUAUUGCUGUGGCCAUGGUUGCAGCUCCUGCAGCUUAUAGUGGCCGCAUCACUGCUCCUGGUGGCGUUGCUUCUAGCAAGUUCCACACAUGGCGUUAG